AUGAAUGCCAGGUCUUUUGAGUGGGGUGCCAUUGCUUACCUCAGCUGUCCAGCCGGACUGUUGGUCCUGCCCACUCUAGCUCUGCCUCUAAUGCUACUCGAUUUCCAAAACAAGAUUCAGAAUUCGAAGAAGAAGAAGAAGGCCUGGCUUUCGCUACCUCUGUUACCGCUAGAAGUAAGGAUGUUGCAAAAUGUAACAACAAAAGGUGUUCAGUUCACACUGGCAUCUGUCUUGAAAAAGUCUAGAUCGGAUUUCUAUCCAGCAGGAGGAAGCUCUCUAUUUCGAUCAAAGACCCAUCCCAUGCUUGGUAAGUCUACCCGAAAGGAAAAGCUAUCCUUCGUUCUUUUACGUCGAUUGGCUUAA